CAAAAAUGGCGGAAGUGGAGGGUCUGAGAUUCGACUCGUCAAUCAAACGGGUUAUUUUGAGUAAAAAGGACUGCUGGUUCGCAUCAAAGCUAUUUAUAUACAUAAGCAGUAUACAUAAGCAGAAAGGUUCCACAACUCAAAUAGUUGAACCAAAAGAUUUGUCAACACAAAUGUCUAAUCCAUUUGGCCUUGCGAUUGAUUUGAGUAAAAAUAACUUGGAGGGUCCAUUACCAGUAUUCCCUGUUAAUGUCACAUCCAUAAGCCUAUCAAAAAAUAGGUUCAAUGGGUCAAUUUCUUCUCUCUGUACUAUAAGUGGUGGGAAACUUCAUUUCCUUGAUGUUUCGCAUAAUCAACUAUUUGGAAAGCUUUCUGAUUGCAUGAUGCAGUGGCCAAGUCUAGUGAUUCUGAAUUUGGCUAAUAAUCAUUUAUUUGGGAAAAUUCCAAGCUCUAUUGGAUCGUUGUAUCGUCUUGAAUCGUUGGGUUUGCAAAACAACAGUUUCUCUGGAGAAAUACCUCGGUCUCUAGGAAAUUGCAGUGCCUUGCAAUUUUUGGACUUGAAUUAUAAUAGAUUCUCUGGAAAAAUACCAACUUGGAUUGGAGAAAGGCUAAGUUCACUAAUUUUCCUUCAUUUGAGAUCCAAUAAUUUCAGUGGAGGCAUCCCCUUGCAGCUAUGUUGGUUGACAAAUCUUACGCUGCUAGACCUCUCCAACAACAACCUAUCUGGAAACAUACCAUCAUGCAUCCAUAAUUUGACUACAUUAGCUCAACAGGAGAGUCCAUCCCAUGAUCAUUAUUUUAUAGAAACGUCUGCAAAUUUCAUGCACGAAGUAAGCUACGUUGACAAAGCAUCUGUAAUGUGGAAAGGAAUGGAGCGUGAUUAUGAGAAUGGAAAUCUCAAGACUUUGAAGAUUAUUGAUCUUUCAAGCAACAAAUUAACAGGAGUGAUUCCAGUCCAUAUAUCAGUUCUCUUCCAACUGGUUGAAUUGAACUUAUCAAGAAAUCAGUUGACAGGAAGGAUUCCUUCAGAUAUGGGGCAGAUGAGACAGUUAGAAUCACUCGAUCUGUCAUUGAACCAGCUUUCAGGUCAUCUUCCUUGGAGCAUCUCCCAAUUAAAUUUCCUCAGCACUUUGAAUCUGUCCUACAACUUCUUUUCAGGGAGAAUCCCAUUAUCAACCCAGAUGCAGUCGUUUGAUGCUUCUUCAUUUGUCGGUAAUCCUGCACUCUGUGGGCUUCCUCUAACACCAACUUGCCCAGAUGAUGAAAAAUCAGAGGGCAAACCAAAAAACAGAGACAUGGCUGAAUUCUGGCAAUGUUUUAAACUGGGUAUGGAACUUGGAGUGGCCAUCGGCUUUGUGGGAGUUCUGGUUGUGAAGUUAGAUCAUCCAUGGAAACAUCUCUGUUUCCUAUUGUUCAACAACAUGAAGGUCCGCCUCAGAAACUUGAAGGACUGCCUUUAUUUACUUUUAGCAGCAGUUGGUUUGCUGGUGAGAGACCAUGUAUCCAGAUUGGGAAGAAAGUUGAAGUUGUUCGAGCCAUCAGUCUCUUCCUAGAAGCUGGUAAAGGUCGAUACACAUUUGUAUGGCAUCUUCAUAACUUGAUUAUAAAAAGAAAAAGAAAAACAGAGCCAAUAACCUCUUAUUUGUUGUUUUUCAGGUUCAAGAUGUUUUAUGUUGCAAUGUGAACUUCCAGGAUGUUUUCUCCUCUUUCCACACCAAUAAGUCCAAGCUGAGCAGGGCAUUGUUUCUUCCUUACAAGUGUGUCUGGUUGAAAGGUCUCCUUAAAUUAAAUGGUUUAUGCUUUUUUUUUUUUUUUUUUCUAUCAUCUGUUUUGUAAUAAUUUGCUUGUAACUGAUAUGCAAUAUGGAUUUGUAUUCUGUAAUUUAACAAAGUCUGUAAUCUGGA